AUUCAAAUGGAACAACGCUGCGAAACUUCAAACACCGAGGUUAGAAUUGUUGUUUGAAUAUAUGAAAAUAUAAUGUUUAUUUGGUAAUAAGACCGUAAUUAUUAUGAAGAAAUAUAGAAUUUUCAAAAAUUUUCUGAUUGUGAAUUUGGUUGAUAAUUCGAGCUUCUGUUCAUAAGGCUUUUCUUGUUUAGGUUCUGUGAGGAAAUAAAAAUGAAGAGGAAAAGAAGAGAUCUCUGCCCUUCACCACUACUAGAUGAAAUACCCAAGCGUACUAAAGUGCAUGCUCAAAGAAAAUUCGCGCAAGGCUCCAAUGUAAACAGUCCAGUUAUAACACCAGUGAAGGAAUUCGAGAGAACGGAUAGGUCUAACUUAGAUCUCAUACCAGAACCUGUAGAGCUUCUGCCGAUUCAGAGACAAAAUACUGAAGAUUUUUUGACUUUCCUAUGUUUUCGUGGAACCCCUAUUUUACCUCCUAAUUUGAACUUCUUCAAUACAGCAUCUAUAGUUGAUACCAAUGGGCAAGUUCAUGAAAUUAAGAGUGAAUCUCCUAAGAAUGGACCUAUUGACACAUCAAUUAUUCCUAAAGGUGCAAGCGGUCCUUCUGAUAGACCUUUCAUUGCAUUUGGUGUUAGGAAGAGGGCUGAUCCAAUUGUUAUUAGUAAACAGAUGGAAAGAAAGAGGAGACAUGCACUUGCUCUUCAAGCUCUAAGGAGAAAAUAUCAGGAACAAAAAAUGGCUAAAAUAAGAGCAGUUACUAUUAGUAAGUUGUCGGAGAAGCCUUCCAAUAGAGCAACAGCCAGAUCAAACACAUUAUUAAAAUUAGAAAAAACUGCGCAAACAGUAACAACAAAAACAGUAACGCCAAAAACCAAGGUGAAAAUUAUAUCUUCAAAAGCUGUGAACCCUCAGACGUUAAGAAAUUUGAAUACUAAAAUAAAACCCCGUAUGUGUUUACGCAGUUUCAGAGGAAGAUUUGUACAACAAGAAUUGCCAUUCAGGGCAGUUAAAAAAAGUAAACUACCUGAAAAAAAAGUAAUGAAAACAGCCAUUAAGAAAAAGAUGGAAAUGAAAAAGAAUGUAAAAGCUCCUGUGAAAGUGAUUCCUAAACAAAAUAACCCUUCAAGAACAGUAAAAGAACAAAAUGAUAUUCCAAAAAAACCUAAAAUUUCAAAAAUAGAUAAGAAUGAGGAAGCUAGGGUUACAAGAUCCAGUAAUGUUCCACUGAAGACCAAGUUGAGUGGAAAGAAGGUCAUCAAAAGGAGAAUAUUAGUACCUAGUGCCACCUUAGUGAAAUCACGUGUUUUAAGAUCGCAAACAGUGAACAGCGGUAGUUCAUCACAAUCCAGAUCAACUAGGAGGUGUUUGAACAGAAAUAUUGAAAAAUCUCCAAAGAAAAACGAGAAGAAAAUCCAGGCAGCCCUAAAAUCCAAAUCGAUCAAGAAAACAGGAGAGGUGAAUACUCAAAACGCAAUAAAUGAUUCAAAGAAAAAUGCUAAUACAAAUAAAAUUGCAUCGAAACCAAGUAAAGAAGAUGAAAAUAAAUCAUCUAAAACUGUGAAAGCUAUCAGUAAAGUUCCAAGACAUGAUAACGACAGUUCUACUUCCAAAAAUACAUCAGAUGAAUCUUCAGAAUCGAAAAAAGAAUCAAAUAAUACAAACCAGAGAAAAGAAACCAAUGCUGAAGUGAAAAAAGAUAAGAAAAUAAUGGACAAACCCAAGGAAAGUGAAAGUAAGGCUGAAACUAAGAAAAUUAACCUUCCAACAAUUCUUGACACUGAUGAGAAUAUAGAUAUAAAAUCGGGAACUAAAAAGAUCAGUGUACCUCGUAAGUGUGUCUAUGAUAAAGUAAGCACAACUAAGAACAUUAAAACUUCAACAGCUGAAAGUGAACCGAAGUAUUCUCAAAGGCCUUCUCGAAAAACUAAAGAAGCUGCAGCAAUUUAUAUGGAAAUUUUAAGUCAUAAAUUGGUUCAUGAAAAUAAAGUAGAUGAUGACACAGUUUCAAUAGAUAGUUUUCCUGAACUACCAAAUGUUAAAAGAACUGAGCAAAGGGAAAAUGAACUCAAAGCCAAAGCAAACAUAACUAAAACAGACAGAACAAAUAAACAUGAGAAAUUUUCUACUGUAGAAGAAACUGUUACUUCCUUAGAUGAUGGUAAUAGGCAACAAGUAGAAAGUAAGGAAAUAAUUCUAGAAACUCAGUCAAAAAAGAAGAAUCUAAAACAAUCACUGAAGAAGAAUAAAACUUUGGAAAUUGUUGAAAAAAUAACAUCUGAACAUUCUGAUAAGAAAUUACAAUUACAGGAAGAAAGAAAUGAAAAAGACGAAGAAAAAUCUAUAAUUAAACUAGAAAAGGAAGAAAUGGAUACCAAAAAAAUCAAAUUGGAAGCCAGAAUACCCAAUUUCAAAAGUGACAUCAAAACUGAAGUCCCUGAGGAUGGAGAAAAUUCAAAAACUGUACCAGAUUCAAUGAAAGAAGUAUCAAAAACUGAAGAUGAGAAUCAGAGAGAAAAAGUGAUGAAAUGCCUGGACGUAUUGGGACAGAGUGCUACCCAACCUACUAAAUGUGAUAUAGAUAAAAUGAAACAAGAAAAAGCAGUGAAGGGCAUAAAGAAAACAAAGACUUCAGACAAACAUAUUGUUGAAACUAAAAAAUUAGAUGCAUCAAAAAGUCUUUCAAUUGAUGGUAAAAUUUUUCCCUCAGACAAUCAAAUAUUCGAGCAGAAGAUUUAUAAGAAACUGUACCCCAAAGAUUCUUCAGAUUCGGAUGAAUGUUUGGCAAAAAUCCCAAGGAUCUCCAAAACCCUCCAGGAUUGCAAGAACAAGCUGCUAUGCACUAAAAAAAACUCAGAGAGCCUAAAACCAUUGGAAAAAAUUGGUCAAACAAAACCUGGUAAAACUGAAUCUUCUGAUUCGGAUAAUGAAUGUUUGGCGAAGAUAAGGAAAACACGAAACGUGAAGAAACAAACUGACAGAAGGGAAACAAGGCGUAGUUGUCAACAAGGGAAAAAAUUAGAAUGUGAUGAUUCGGAAGACUCGUUUCAUGUAGAUGUGAAGAUACCAAGAAAAAAAUUAUUGACUCGAAGCAAGUCUUCAAAAAUUUCUUCCACCUCGAAGGCCAAAUCUAACUUUGAUGAUCAUUCUGAUGUUUCUUCGAAAUCAUCGAAAGAAAAAUCUCUUAAAUCAAUUAAAGGCAACACUGAACCUACAAAGGAGGCUAACUUUAGUGAUUCAGAUGAAGAACCGCUUUCAAAACUCACACUUAAUAAACAAUGUGAUAAAAAAUCUACUGAAGAAUUGAAAGAAGACAUACUGAGAAAACAGAAAGCUUUGAUUGAAUCUCCACCAAGAAGUAAAGGGAAAAAGGUAUUGAAACAUAAGGAAAAAGAGGUGACCAACAAAGACAGACUUGAGGAACUUCCGGGUAAACAAAAACGUGAAUGUGCCAAAAUACCGUCUAAUUAUCUUCCUAUGUUCUCGUCUUCGGAUGAUGAAGAAAAAUUUUUUCAUGGUUUUUCUCCUAAAAAUGAAAAGAAGAAGGAAAGUAUAUAUUCUCAUUCAUCGUUGGAUUUUUUAUCCAAAGAUUUGGGGAGACGUUUCGGCAAAGAGAAGGUGAACAUGUCUAAUGAACAAAUUGAGAAAUGGCUCAAGGAUUCAGCAAUGGCAGGUGAUGCUAGCAAAAAAGCCGAAGAAUUGAAGUAUUGUGAAGAAAUUUCCAUAGAAACGUCCCUCAAUAAACUUUCUGAAAAUACCACCGAACAAUUGAAGAGUUCAUCGUUAGAACCUGGGAGUUCCAUAGAUAGUAAGGAAAUUACUCCUGAGAAAAAAAAUAUUGCUUGCAUUGAAAAUUUGAAAUGUCCCUUGUAUAAAUCUCCAGACAGAAAACCAAUUUUCAAGAAGGAAAAAUCCAAAGUGGCCCCAACUGUAGGUGCUUUCUCAGUCAAUAACGAAAGUAGCAUUUAUGCUUUUGAAGAAGAAAUAGAAGAAGCCGUUAGUACGCCUUUCAGAAGGCCUUCAAGAAGACCAUCUUCAACAGCUACGUCCAAAUCUGAGGAUGAACUGAGUAAAAGUGAAGAUCAGUCAAGAUUCGGUCAAUUCAGAAAACCUGUACUCAAAAAUGAAGCAAAUAAAAGUGAAGAACAAAAAUCAACAGAAAAUACUUUGAAACAAACUCAAAGUAAUAGUCAAAAACUUGCUCAGAAAUCAAGCAUGUCUCGAAAUGUCUUGGGAAAAUCGAUGAAAAAAAAUAACCCUGAACAUUUUGAUGAUUUCAAAUACAAAGUUCCGAGUUCACCAAGCGCUAGUUCAUCGUCAAGCGCUAAAUUAUACAAGAGACAAAAUAAGAGCAGGUCGAAGCCUGUCGAAAAUUGCAAUCCAGUACAUAUGGCGGAUUUUCCCUGUAAUGGACCAGGCGAACUUGUAGAAGCGCCAACUUUUUAUCCGUCUGAAAAAGAAUUCCAAGAUCCUUUAGAGUACAUCGAAAAAAUAGGAAGUAAAGCCGAACAGUUUGGAAUUUGCAAGAUAGUUCCUCCUAACACUUUUAAACCCGAGUGUAAAGUCAGUGAUGAUAUGAGGUUCACCUCUUACAAUCAGUAUGUUCAUAAAAUGCUCCACAGAUGGGGUCCUAACUUCAAAGAAUUGAUGGCAAUCAAGAAAUAUCUUCAGACGCAAAAUAUAAACUUGAAGCAGCCUCCCUGGAUUGGAGGAAUGGAAGUGGAUCUUCCUAGGCUCUACCAGACCGUACAAAGCUUGGGGGGUUUGAAAGAAGUGAUAGAAAAAGAGAAAUGGUCCAAGGUUUCAGACAUUAUGAGGAUUCCAAAGUCUGCACAAGACAGAGUGACAAAAUUAGAUGACAUUUAUUGUAAAUACCUACUUCCCUAUGAUACGUUAUCUCCAGAUGAAAGAGACAAGUUACUGGAUGAAGUUGAAACUGCUUGGGCCAAGAGGGAAUCGAAGACCUUAUCCAAAAUGCAGAAAUCAGACGAAGUUGAACUGGAAAAUGAAUCUGAUUCGGAGUCUGACAACGAGGUGGAAGAAUGCAUCACGAAAGGACGUAAUAUGGCCCUGAACGCUUUCUACAGGAUCGCGAGAAACACGAUGAGCAUGUGGUUCAAAACCGCUGAACCUACAGUGCAAGACAUCGAACAGGAAUUUUGGAAACAUGUCGUUCACAGGGAGAAUCACAUCUGCGUCCAUUCUGGUUCCAUAGAUUCAGGAAGCUACGGUUACGGUUUUGCCGUGUCGAAGAACAGUCCGUUCGCUAGGCAUGCCUGGAAUUUGAAAGUUUUAACGAACAACAGUGGUUCACUGCUGAGAUCACUCGGACCAAUUAUGGGUGUUACGGUGCCCACUUUACAUGUAGGGAUGGUGUUCAGUGCUUGUUGCUGGUACAGAGACCCCCACAGCUUGCCUUGGAUCGAAUAUCUUCACACCGGAGGCAAAAAAAUCUGGUACGGAAUACCCAAUUCAGUCGGAGACAUUUUCCAGAAGGCUCUCACAAAAUUGGUGCCAAAUUAUUGUAGGAACCAAGGAAUCUGGUUGCCCUCUGAUACCGUGAUGUUGCCCCCUAGUCUUCUCAUAGAAAGUGGAGUAUCUCUGAGCCGGGUUGUGCAAGAACCCGGAGAAUUCAUCGUAGUGUUUCCCAGAGCCUUCACCUCGAGCAUCAGCACAGGCUAUGUUGUUUCUGAAAGUGUGUUCUUCGCCCCACCAUCUUGGUUGAGAACGGCUCAAACAACAUUCGAUUUACUGAAAGAAAGUUGUGAACCUUCCAUGUUUUCUCUAGAAAGACUUUAUCUUAGUAUUAUCAAUGAUCAACGAACAAAUGUCGAAGUGUUGAAACAGAUGAUUCCAAUCGUUUCUUCUAUACAUUCCAAAGAGAAAGAGAAAAGAGGGAGACUCCAGUCUUUAGGGGUGAACACUGUCGAGGUUCUCCCUCCUCCAGAAGCUCCAAACUCAAAAAAGAAGAAGAAAUCGCAAGAUGCUGGUGAUUACGAAUGUGAACUUUGUAGAACCAAUCUGUUUAUUUCCUCCGUUAUGGAAAAGCAAGAAAAUGCGAACUACUGUCUGGACCACGCCAUUGAACAAAUUGAGAAGAAAUCUAUUCAGCCAGAUAAUUGUAAACUUUUGUAUACAUAUAGUGAGAAUGAUUUGGAAGAUUUGAUUUCCAAGAUAAAUAAGACAAUUGAGCAGAAAUUGCAGAAAAAGGUGUUCAGUAAAUUCAGUGGUAUGCCUACUUUACUUAAAUAAAUAGAAUAAAUCUCUUGGUUUUUAAGUAGAAAAUAUUAUAUUUUUAUAGUAAGUCGAUAUUAUUUAUUAUUGCUUUUUGUACACAACUUAUUUAAGUGUUUUAUAUUUUUCUGUACAUAAAAAAUUAAAGAUGUAUGUGGAUCAUGA